AUCAAUUAACAAAAUAUUAUUCUCCUUCAACCACAAUUUACAGAAAUGUAAAAAAUAUAUCAAACUAAAUGCGCGACCACAUCCAAGUAUCGCGAGAUGUCGAGAUGGCAUAAACAAACCACACGGUAUUUUGGACGCUAAAGAAGCGGGCAAAUGCAAGCCAAGGCAAAAUUUUCGUGAACAUUUUGGAUGUUAACCGAAAAACAUGCUAACCGGGGCGGACCUUAACGGAGGUACCACUGUACUCUGCAUUUUUAAGUCAUAUUCAUAGCCAAGAUCAUAUUGACUUGAUUUUUUAAGGGAAUAUUCACUAAAGAGAGUGCAGGAGCCCUAUUCAUUUUGAAUAAUAUCUGAUUCAAAAUGAUAAGGAUGUGCAACCUGCGGCCCAUGGGCUAUAUGUGGCCCACAGGACCAUUUGUCCGGCCCAAGGAACUGUUCUAAAAAGAUUAAACACAUUUAACCUACAGCCUAAACGCUGAUACAUUAAAAAAAAGCAUUCUAUUUUUGCAUGGCCUCAGAGGACUGAAAUGUCUCCUGAUAGUAAAACGGUUCCACACUCCUUUCUGUAAUUAAGUAAAUACCAUUUCUUUCAAACUUUUAAAAUGAAUGACUUGCUAAUGACUUUUCAUUUGACCAUUUCAUGCUCCAUUUGCGCCUUUGGAGACAAUUAAACAAUGCUUGGUGGCCACCGCAUACAUGCAGAUCAAUCCCGGGUAGUAGUUGUAGUAGCCGCUAAUUCGACAUUAGCGUGGCCGUUCUGUCUCGCGGCUCUCGAAAAUUGGAACGCGGCCACUCGUCACUAAUCACCCCCACCGGCCCGACACAGGACCCCUGAUGGAAGCUGCUGUCGCACCUAAUGGCAGAAGGUGCAUUGCGUGUUAAAACGAAGGAAGGGGGUUUGGUGGGGGGAUUCCACUUCACAAUAAUCACAGGGGUCCUAUCAAGUCGAUAACGGCAUUCACAGCAAGUGUCUGUCACCACCGCAGCGGGCAAUUUUCUUCCUCCUGCGAGCUUUGUAGACCUAUUUCACACCGGGCAAGGAGAGGGGGUGGCGAGUGAACUGGAAAUUUCCCAGGAGGGCCAGGACAUAUUGUGAAACUCUGCCGUAUUGGGUUGCAUCCAACGGAUUGUCGCUCAGGAGAGGGACAAAGAUGCAGUUAAGUUUUUGUUUUUUUUCUUCGCAAAUCUGUAGGAGGCUCUUCAUGUGUGACAUGACGGCAUCUGCAGAAGACGGGAUAAAGUAGGAAGAGCUAAGACCGCAUGGUGCAAGUGCGUUGAGUCAUUUUUCCUGUUGCUUUUGUGCAAUUGACGCCAAUCUCAGUGAUUGCUGUCAAGCAGCACGAGGCUUUCCGCACAGGGAUCCUGCAAAAUUGGUGCAUCAGAGCCAUAACAGGAGACCCUGCAUGUAUUUAACAUUUGAGGAUAUUUGUGUUACACAGUGGUAUACAGUCAGGGCCAGCAAAGCCUUCUCUGCUGGCCUGUCUACAUUGGAUUUUUUUUGUCCAAUCAGAUUUCAGUUUCUAUGUAUUGCCAUGUCAAUGUCAUUUGCCCAGGGCCUUCUGAAUCAGGGGUGCCGGCCCACACAUACAUACUAUUAGUAAUAGGGCUGCUUCUUUAACCAAUCAGAUUUCAGAUUCGCCUCUCAGGGCCUACAAUCAUGUCAGCGUUUUUUUGUACUGUGAUCGGUUGAUUGAACUGUUAAACAAACGGAGUUACGCCCACAAUGGCUGACUGAGGAAGAGAUUGACAUCUCUGGUGAGUAGAUGUAUUUUUUGUCAUGUUUUGUCAUGUUUUUAGAUCAAUUUACAUUCUAAACUGCUCCAGAUGAUGUUGUAGUGUAUAGGUUUGGAGCUGUCUAAACCCUUUAUCACCAAGUUGUUCCAAUUAUGCUUGUUACAUUUUGCGCCAAAUGUAUCAUUAUUAUUAUUAUUAUUAUUAUGUAAUGUACCGCCCACCAGUGUUAUAAUUUCAGGUUGUCAACGUUUUUUUAUUUAUUUUUUUUUAUUUUGCUUGACGCACAAUUAUUGUGCACACGUUAUGUUUGACCCUCGGCCACACCAUAGUUUGAGGUAACGCAGUGGUGGAACAAAUAUUGAGCAGAAAUGGACAAAGAAAAGUGUAUUUUGAAUGGUAAGUUUAGCGUCAAAGCCCUGGCAGAUGGCUCACGCAACAAGACCAAAGUUAUUUGUAUCGUCUGUCGCUGUGAGUUGAGCACCGCCAGUAAUUUUUAUUGUCAUUUAUACAGUGGUACCUUGGCAUACAAGUGUCCCAACUAACGAGUGUUUUUUAGGUGUGAACCGUCUCUCAGCUGAUUUUUUGCUUCGAACCGCAAGCUACAAUUUGGGUUACGAGUUGCUAGUUACCGACAGGCAUAGCCAAGGACAGCUAUUUAGGGGCUAGGUAAAAGUAAUGUUAAAUGUUCAGUUGUCCAUUCAUUUGUCAUUUGUAAUUAUUUUUGCAUCAUUUUCUGCAGGUAAAACUAUAAUUAUUGCCUAUAAAAUGGGUUUUGUGUUAACAUUUACGGGUGUCUAGAACGGAUUAAUUGGAUUUACAUUAUUUUCUAUGGAAAAACUUGCUUUGAUUAGAGUCCAUUUUGGUUUGAGUCGGACCUUCUGGAACGGAUUAAUGACGUUAACCCAGGCACCACGGCAUUUUGCAUUUGCAUCCGUAAGUGCUAAAACAAGCGUUCGAGGAAGUUCCAAAAGACAUAUCGUAAAGUUGUCAAGGUGGAGCAAGAUGCUGGUGCUGGUUGGUGCUGGUCUUGCCGCAUGACAGACAGAUGAUGUGCUUGCAAAGCCAGAUAAGUAUCAGUCACAUGCAGCCAGAAUCAAUACCUUCACCUUUUGGGAAAAGAUGAGAUUAAUCCACAGAUGGAAUCGACAGAAGCUUUGGGAGAUUGCUUAACCAUCUGUUUGCAGGUGUGUGUAUGUGUGUGUGUGUGUGUGUAUAUGUGUAUGUGUGUAUGUGUGUAUCCAGUCAGGGGAAAGAGAGUGUUUCUACAGCACGGGCACCAAAAGUCAGCUAUGUGUGAAAAGACAUUUUGCCUCAUUUGGUCCUGCAGGUGACCUUGCCUGGAGCUCAGCUGACCUUAGCUGGCCUCCUUCCUGCUGAGUCAUGGUCCCGGUCCAGACAAUGGCCUGUGGACUGCUUGGCGAGCCAGAUGGCUGCUGCUGCUGCUGCUGCUGCCGCCGCCGCUCUGGAAGAUCAUUUCACUUGACCUCAGCAAGUAAAAGGUUGGCCCGCUGCUUCCUGUUGCCAUUUAGAGGACAUCUAUUAUGGAGGUGGCAGCACGCCGAGGGGGUCCAGGCGUCCCCAGCAGGAGCCUCCAGCGGGGGAGACAGCGCUGAACUUUGUCUUCCCGCCUCAUUCUGGCCCUGCUGUCACACGAUGACCUCCAACUUGAGUUUGAAUCGACUACGGAAAGACAAUCAAGUUGGACAAGAUGGCGUUUCAAGGAAAGACUGGCACGACUACGAAGCAAUCAAAAGGGAUGCCUCCAGAUCGGGUAACGGUGAGCAGGGGAAACCAUUCCCGCUCACGGACGCCGACCGGGUGGACCAGGCCUACAGGGAGAAUGGCUUCAACAUUUACGUGAGCGACAGGAUCUCGCUGAAUCGCUCCAUCCCUGACAUACGCCAUCCAAAUUGUAAACAAAAGCUGUAUGCUGAGAAGCUGCCCAACACCAGCAUCAUCAUCCCCUUCCAUAACGAGGGCUGGUCGUCUCUGCUGAGGACCGUCCACAGCGUCCUCAACCGCUCUCCUCCGCAGCUCAUCGCCGAGGUCAUCCUGGUGGACGACUUCAGCGACAAAGAACACCUUAAGACGGCGCUGGAGGAGUACAUGGUCCGCUUGCCCAAAGUCCGCAUCCUGAGGACCAAGAAGAGGGAGGGUCUAAUCAGGACUCGGCUGUUGGGGGCCGCUGCCGCCAAGGGGGAGGUCAUCACCUUCCUGGACUCACACUGUGAGGCCAACGUCAACUGGCUACCUCCGCUACUCGACCGCAUCGCCCAGAACAGAAAGACAAUCGUCUGCCCAAUGAUCGAUGUCAUCGACCACGACAACUUUGGCUACGAGACACAGGCGGGCGACGCCAUGCGUGGUGCGUUUGAUUGGGAAAUGUACUACAAACGCAUCCCCAUCCCUCAGGAGCUGAAGAAGGACGACCCCAGCGAGCCCUUUGAGUCUCCAGUGAUGGCGGGAGGGCUGUUCGCUACAGACAGGAAGUGGUUCUGGGAGCUCGGCGGGUAUGAUACGGGUCUGGAGAUCUGGGGAGGAGAACAGUAUGAGAUAUCCUUCAAGGUGUGGAUGUGUGGAGGUCGCAUGGAGGACAUCCCGUGCUCCAGAGUGGGACACAUUUACAGGAAGUAUGUCCCUUAUAAAGUUCCUGGAGGGGUCAGCCUGGCCAGGCAGCAUGCAGUGAUUUUGUUGAACGUGUUGAAACAUCCACUGGUGUCCGUCAUGCAAAGGCAGCAGAGAGGGAUGGCAGGACUGAAUGGGGAGACUUCGCCGCCAGUUGAGCUGCAGAACCUGAAGCGAGUGGCAGAGGUGUGGAUGGACGAGUACGCCGAAUACAUCUACCAGCGUCGACCCGAGUACCGCCACCUGUCUGCGGGUGACAUGACGGCGCAGAAGGAGCUGAGGAGCAGCCUGAACUGCAAGAGCUUCAAGUGGUUCAUGAAUGAGGUAGCCUGGGAUCUGCCCAAACACUACCCGCCCGUGGAGCCUCCUGCCGCUGCGUGGGGGGAGAUACGGAACGAAGCCAGCAGCAUGUGCAUGGAGACGAAACAUUUUGUGUCGGGCAACCCCGUACGCCUGGAAGAUUGUGUCAAGGCGCGGGGUGAGGUGAGGUGGGGAAACGGACAGGUGUUCACGUUCGGCUGGAGGGAGGACAUCCGCGUGGGCGACCCCAUGCACACAAAGAAGGUUUGCUUCGACGCCAUCUCCCACAACAGCCCCGUCACGCUGUACGACUGUCACGGCAUGAAGGGCAACCAGCUGUGGCGCUACCGGAAGGAUAAGCGCUUGUAUCAUCCCGUUAGCAACAGCUGUAUCGACAGCAACGCUAGCGAGCGCCGCAUCUUCAUGAACACAUGCGACCCCACCUCCCCCAGCCAGCGGUGGCUCUUCGACAAAACCAACAGCACCGUGCUGGAGAGCUUCAACCGCCAGGCUGCCGACUGAGCUGCUAGCGUCUGGCUCCCACGAGUGGGAGGUUUGAUUGAUGGGGUUUAUUCCCUGAAUGUACCCACAUUCCUCUCUCCUAUUUCCCUGACUCUUUCCCGCCUUAUUUGCAGCCUUUCUUCACCACCAAGUUCCUUAUUUGAACGCCUCCAGUUUAUCUCCACGUCUUCCACCUCUCAAAUCCUCUCGUGUCCCACCACCUCCGACACCCAACCCCCUCCGCUGGAUUGGGGGCGGGUGGCGUCACGGGAGACCAGGGUGGUGUCGCCUGUUCUUUGUCGCUCAGCCAAAAUGGUUGUGACACGUGGGUGAAGCGGGGCAGAACCACUCUGAAAAUUACCAGGUGGAUUGAUGCGCCCCCGCUGACCAUUGCCCCCCAACUUGAUCUAAUCUGCUGUCCAUCACUUUCCUCUCUUCUUUUCUAUUUUUUUACUUUCAUUUUUCGUACAUUUUCAAGCUGCUAUCACCACUUUUACAAUAUAUGUUGCUGCUCCCCUGUUUGCUGAAUGAGUGCACAAACACGGGGGCUCGAAAUGGGCGGCGGCCCCAACUCCAGCUCCAUUUGGCGUGAGGCUGGCCUGCGCCCACCCAGCUGACAUCACUUUUAGCAUAGAGCGCAAUCAAGGGGUCAUCAUCCAAGACGAGAGGUGGCACCCAUGUAGCUCCCCCCGGGGGCCGGUUGGCGUCCUGUGGCAACUUUUAUGCACUUGUGAUAAACUUGAAUGAAGUCUUAGUGCCUUGUUGAAAAUUUUAGCUGUGUGUGUGUGUGUGUGUGUGUGUGUGUGCAUGUGUGUUUGUGUUGGACAAAUACCCAGAACACGGGAGAUGCUUCUAGUGAGUUGAAACUGUUUGGACCGUGACUUUGCCGAGGGAACCUGAAGGCACCGCUCACCUCCAAGACUGAAAUGAGUGACUAAAACUAUUUUGCUUAAUAGCAAACCACAACCACAGCCUUUGACCUUUUCUGAAGGAAGUUGCCGAUUUAGCUUCCCUACCUGUUCACUCCAAAAUAUAUUUAUAGGAAAGGGAUUUUUCUUUAUUUGUUUUAUGCUGUCUUCUCUUUUUGUUUUGGUCCUGUGGUUCUUCUUGUGAUCCUUAAAUGUGAAUGGGUUUUGGGGGGGGUGACGGGGAGUUGGUGGCUUAAUAUGCACUUUUGGGCCCUUUUAAUCACUUCUAGGGAGAAAUCCCUUGUGGAAGCUCAAAAAGAGGUCUUAUUAGGUCCAAAUUAGCCAAAACAUGUUGCAUAUUGUUCAACUGGUGCUAAUUUCUACAGCGAGUUAAAUGAACAUUUUCAGCCCAUGAAGGAGACCCAUGGAACUCUUCAAAAGUACAAUUUAAAUAUUGUAAAUUAUUUCAACUGUUUUUGUUUUUUGUAGUAUGAAAAACUAAAUUCCCCUCAAUGAUCUCGUCAAAGCUAUGAAAAAUAAGAAUGAAUCCUAUUUUUCUGUGUUCGUGUCAUCAUGUGACCAACCCACAUGUAGCCAAGCGUACAUUUUGUUUUUGUACGGCCGUAAAUUAAAAAAUCUUUGUCAUUUUCUACUGAUGUUGCAAGUGCAAAAGUUUAUUUAGAUAUUUAACAAUGAAGCUGGAAUUGUAUGAUAUUUUUGCUGAAAAUUGUUUAAAAAAAUAAAUAAAUAAAAGGUUUCUAUAUUUGGAUGAAAAUCGUACAAGUCUGCUUUUU